UCAAACUGAACUUGCAUUGAACUCCCUCCAACCACCACCACCACCACCACCACCUGAUGGCGACCGCCUCCUCCGCCUCACCACCGCAUGACCUCGAAAGCGCCACCUCCUACUCCCCCAUCCCCGGCGACCCUCCAGCGGAGGCGCAGCCAAGGACCAAGAAGCUCCUCGCCACCAUUUUGUUUACAUGUUUCUUUCUGCUGUCCUUGAUUCUUCUGAUCAUCAAGCAAGAACCCGACCCUCAACCUAAACUCAAUGAAGACAGCUAUCAAAGCCCUUCAACUCCCACUUAUUCUUUCUCUCCGGCGAGACCUCUGGCUGAGCCGCCGUCAAGAGGGGUGGAGCAAGGGGUGUCGGAGAAGGCUUUCCGGCGAGUCAGUGGCGGGAAUUUAAGCUUCGCUUGGACCAAUGUCAUGCUGUCGUGGCAGAAGACGGCUUACCAUUUUCAACCUGAGAAGAAUUGGAUGAACGAUCCUGAUGGUCCAUUAUACUACAAUGGAUGGUACCACUUGUUCUAUCAAUACAAUCCAGAUUCAGCUGUUUGGGGCAAUAUUACAUGGGGCCAUGCUGUAUCAAGGGACCUGAUCCACUGGCUCCACCUCCCCUACGCCAUGGUGCCUGAUCAAUGGUAUGAUAUCAAUGGAGUGUGGACCGGGUCCGCGACAAUCCUCCCUGAUGGUCGGAUCAUUAUGUUGUACACCGGAGACACCUACGAUGUUGUGCAGGUGCAGUGUCUAGCAUACCCCGCCAACUUAUCGGAUCCCCUCCUUCUUGAAUGGGUCAAGGACCCGAAUAACCCGGUCUUGGUACCUCCACCCGGCAUUGGCCUUAAGGACUUCAGGGACCCGACGACCGCUUGGCUGAGUCCAGAUGGUGACAAAUGGCGUAUAACAAUUGGUUCGAAGGUCGACAAAACGGGUAUAUCACUUGUUUACGAAACCAAGGACUUUAUAAAGUAUGAGUUGUUGGACGGGUACUUGCAUCAAGUCCCGGGUACGGGUAUGUGGGAGUGUAUUGACUUUUAUCCGGUUUCUUUGACGGAGGAAAAUGGGCUGGACACUUCUGCAAAUGGGCCGGGUAUUAAGCAUGUCUUGAAAGCAAGUUUAGACGAUGAUAAGAACGAUUAUUAUGCUCUUGGAACCUAUGACCCGAUCAAGAACAAGUGGACCCCUGAUGACCCGGAUUUGGAUGUGGGAAUCGGGUUGAGGUAUGAUUAUGGAAAAUACUAUGCAUCAAAGACAUUUUAUGACCAGAAUAAGCAAAGGAGAAUCUUGUGGGGUUGGAUUAGAGAAACUGAUGCUGAAGAACUUGAUCUCUUGAAAGGAUGGGCUUGUGUUCAGUCUAUACCUAGGACAGUCGUGUUCGACCAAAAGACAGGCAGCAACAUACUUCAAUGGCCAGUCGAGGAAGUCGAGAGCUUGAGAUCAGACAGUUUUGAGUUUAAUGAUGUGAGGCUUGGACCAGGAUCAGUUGUACCACUAGCGGUCGACUCAGCAUCAGAGCUAGACAUAGUUGCCUCAUUCGAAGUUCAUAAAGAGACAGUUGAUGAGGCGACUGCUGAGGCAGAUACCGGUUACGACUGUCCUACCAGUGGUGGUGCUGCUAAUAGGGGAAUCUUAGGACCGUUCGGCAUUGUUGUUCUUGCCGACGACACGCUGUCUGAGCUUACUCCCAUCUACUUCUACAUUGCAAAAGGGACUAAUGGCAAGGCCGUCACUCAUUUUUGUGCCGAUGAGUUGAGGUCGUCCAAAGCUGCCGAUGUUGACAAAAUAGUUUACGGCAGCAAAGUCCCCCUGCUGCAACAUGAAAAGCUAUCUAUCAGAUCACUGGUCGAUCACUCCAUCGUCGAGAGCUUUGCUCAAGGAGGAAGAACAGUAAUCACGUCACGAGUUUACCCCACGAAGGCCAUCGGCCGUGCAGCACGAGUGUUCUUGUUCAACAACGCCACGGGACUCAGUGUGACUGCUUCGGUCAAGAUAUGGAAAAUGGACUCUGCCGAUAUCCGACCCUUCCCCUUUGAUCAGCUGUGAUGAACUCCAAUUUUCGGAUAUGAUUCCUUCAUUCUUGGCAUCAAAUUGUUGCAUAUUUAAGGCCCACUACGAGCGUUCAUUUGUUUUAUUUUUAUUAUUCGAGGGUUUAUAUAUAAUAUAGUUGAGCUGUAAUAAAAGUUUUGGCGAACCCUUCAGAUGAGAUGAGGUUGUGGUGUAGUAACUUUGUACAUGUUCUUGAAAUAAAAUUACCUUAAUUUGGUAGAA